AUGUCUCUCCUACGACAGGCUGUCGCCGGCGCUUCUCGCUCGAGCGCCGUGCUCCGAACCGCUUCGAACCCCCUUCGCCAGCUCUCGACCUCGACCGUCCGCGCCGCAGCUCAGCAGUCCAAGGAUCCCCAGCUGGGCGACUACCCCGACCUUCCCUUCAUCAGCCAGCAGCAGCGCAAAUACUCACCUCGAUGGUGGGACCCGCAAGAGAAGCACAACUUCGGCGAGACUCCUCACGAGCAAGCCGACGUACUCUCGGUCUGGGCGCCCGACGUUCACGCUGUCCCUGCUGCUUCGGCGCUUCGUCAAUUCGCCGUUGCCAUCGGCGUCGUUGUGCUCGUCGGUUCGACGAUCUACGCUGCUACUCCGGAGAGGCCCGCACUGCCAAGGACUUACCCUCGAGACGGUCUCGCUGCUGAACUUGGAGGCGAGCAGGUUGCUGCUCCCAAGGAAGGUGCCUUCAGCGCAGAGGCAGACGAGGAGGACGACGACGACGAGUGA